AUGACCAAUGGCGAGAGUGUAGCCAAGUCGAGGGUUCUCCCGGUCUUUCCACUCUCAUCAGUCGGCGUACGGUCGGACGGUACAAAUGCAAUCUUGACGCCCGUGGAUGUGUUUACUGUAAAAGAUCCGAGUUCGAGGAAGUCACUGAAAGCUCGAAGCCCUUCCAUUUCCGAGAGUGCUGCCCUAGCUGACAACGGUUACUUGGAGCGAGCGGGAGGAAGCGAGUGUUACGCGGAGAUCGAACUGACGUGA